AUGAGCGCUGACACGGUCGGCAGGGCAGAGGUGGACUCGGAGCACCAAGGCGAGCUGGCCGACUUGGUCGCAGCCAUGGACGUGUCGGCGAACCGCAUGACCCCGCCGAACGGCUACCGGUCCGGGGCUCCGAGGACCACCGGCUCUCACAGAGCUCGACUCUUGGACAGAAAGCUGUCUCUGCAGGAGAGAGGGAGCCGCAUGGCCCGACAGCCCACCAUUGAGACCAAGCGUGUGUCCAUCACAGACGCUGAUGACUGUGUCCAGCUCAACCAGUAUAAGCUGAAGAAGGAGAUUGGAAAGGGUUCAUAUGGAGUGGUUAGGCUAGCUUAUAAUGAAGAUUCUGAACAGUACUAUGCAAUGAAAGUUGUUUCAAAGAAGAAGCUGAUGAGGCAGUGUGGAUUUUUGCGCCGCCUGCCUCCUCAGGGAUCCAACUCGCAGCAGCAGGAUCCCUUCCCCAAAGCCAUGUUGCCUCUGGACAGAGUCUACAAGGAGAUCGCCAUCCUGAAGAAACUGGACCAUCCUAAUGUUGUUAAACUGGUGGAGGUGCUUGAUGAUCCCGAUGAAGAUGGACUUCAUAUGGCCUUCGAACUGAUGACAAAAGGCCCGGUGAUGGAGGUGCCUAAAGACGACCCUUUCACAGAGGAGCAGGCUUGCUUUUACUUCAGAGACGUCGUCCUGGGCAUAGAGUACUUACACUACCACAAGAUCAUCCACAGAGACAUCAAACCGUCCAACCUGCUGCUGGGCGACGACGGUCACGUCAAGAUCGCCGACUUCGGUGUGAGCAACGAGUUUGAGGGGACGGACGCCCUCCUGUCGAGCACGGCGGGGACACCGGCCUUCAUGGCCCCCGAGAUGAUGUCUGAACACGAGCAGAGCUUCAGCGGGAAGGCAUUAGACGUGUGGGCAAUGGGAGUCACACUGUACUGUUUUGUCUUUGGGAAGUGCCCUUUUUAUGAUGAAUACAUCAUCUCUCUGCACAACAAAAUCAAGAACAAACCCGUGGACUUUCCAGAGACGCCAUUUAUUACUAAUGACCUGAAGGAGCUCAUUGGACGGAUGCUGGAUAAAAACCCUGAAACAAGAAUCACCAUCCCAGUAAUUAAGCUGCAUCCGUGGGUGACACAGAACGGCUCGAACCCUCUCCCGCUGGAGGAGGAGCACUGCACGGCGGUGGAGGUCACCGAGGAGGAGGUGCAGAACAGCGUCACACUCAUCCCCAGCCUUUCCGCCGUGAUUCUUGUGAAGUCCAUGCUGAGGAAGCGGUCUUUCAGUAAUCCCUUUGAGUGUCAGGUCAGACGGGCUGAGAGGUCCAUGUCUGCCCCUGGAGGUCUACUUACUGGUUCUUGGGGCUUAUUGGGGUCUUCGCCUCACCUUCAUCCUUCCUUGAGGAAAGUCAGCAACGAGGGGAGCAGAGAAGGAGAGUUGGAGGACCUCUAUGAAGUUGACACAUUUACAGAGUGUACAGAUUAAAUUCACACAUGCGCUGACACAGAUUAAAUUAAAGUUUUAAAGUUUUUCUCCUGCUCUUGCAUCACGCUUUUGCUCACUUUAGUGCAAAAAAACAGCUCUG